UCAAGCUCUGAGGAAAAAGGGAGAAUAUUAAUAUCCAUCUUCUCUUAGUACAGUCUGAUAGGAAUAAUAAGAAUGUCAAGAAAGUUGAUAUUCCUACACACUCCGCUUCUUCAACUCCUCCUCCUGUUUUACGUUCCAGUUGUAAUGUUGCAAAAACAGAACAAGUCAAGGAAGAAACAUCUAGGAGGAGUCGAUUAUGUCAGAAUCAGUCUAUGUCCUUUGUCUUUUUACUCCAAAAGUCUUUUGUUUGGUUUUGUGUCUCAUCAUUUGUCUUUUUUUUUUUGUGUAUGUUUGACUUUGUUCUUGUGUUGAAACUACUGGUUUUUAGAAGCUUUGCUCGUCCUAAUGGCAUUAUUUCAAUUUCUCCAACACUGCUGAAUUUUCUUAGGCACCAAUCAAUCAAUGCGUCAUGUAAUGUGUGUGUUAUUGCAACCUGGAACAUUUUUGGAUGUUUUAAACUGGAAAGUUUCUUCUAUUGAAACUCAAGCUCUCUAUAACUACACAAUCUUUAUAUUGGAAACGUUGUGGAACUGGACACUAAUGGUACAUCUCCUUAACUGAGUUCAUUGGGGGAACACAAGGUAUAAAAUUUGUAAAGAAAAAGCAAAACAUAUUAUGCUUUCUUUGUAAGAGGAUAAACAUAUGAUGGAUGACUUGAGACGAAAGAAGAUAUUUUUUGCCUCAAAACUAGGAAUAUCAAUUGCAUAAUGCAAGAGAAAAAGGCUAAGCAUUGCGUAGAUUGAGGUUUUUUUUAAAUAAAUUCAGAGCAAUAAACCAUAUUGGAUAUUCUCAAAGCUCAGACAAAAACAACCAGUUCAGAAAGAAAAAGCAAAAUUUAAUUAAUGGCAGCAAGACAGCAGCCGAGAGGAACAGGCUUAGGUGUUCAGCAUGAGGAUUUUGUCCCCAAAUCUGAAUGGAAAGAUCAACCUGAAGCCACUCUUCUCACCAUUGAUCUUCCAGAUUUUACAAAGGAGCAAAUAAAGGUAACGUACGUGCACGCCUCGAAGAUGUUAAAAGUCACAGGAGAACGUCCACUGGCUGGUCGGAAAUGGAGCCGUUUCAACGAAGCUUUCACUGUUCCACAGAAUUGUCUUGUAGAUAAGCUUCGUGGGAGCUUCAAUAAUAACGUCCUCACAAUCACCAUGCCUAAGAAGACGAUUAGGAAGAUGCCUGAUCUUCCAGAAGCUCCUAAAACUGGGGAUGAGAAAGUUGGGAAGCUAGAGGAGAAAAGGUUGUUGGAAGAAUCUAUAAGGAAAGCAAAGGAAGAAGAGGCUGAGAUGAAAAAGAAGCUUCAUGAAGAGAGCGAGGCAAUACUUAGGAAGCUGCAAGAAGAAGCUAAAACAAAAGAGAUGGCUGAGAGAAGGAAGCUUCAAGAAGAAGCAAAAGCAAAAGAGAGAGCCGAGGCAAAAAGGCUUCAAGAAGAAGCUAUAGCAAAAGAGAAGGCUGAAGCAAGGAAGCUUCAAGAAAAAGCAAAAGCAAAAGAGUUAUUUCCAUUAACGGCAACAAGACACCAACCGAGAGGAACAGGCUUGGGGGUUCAGUAUGAGGAUUUUGUCCCCAAUUCUGGUUGGAAAGAUCAACCUGAAGCCACUCUUCUCACCAUUAAUCUUCCAGGUUUUACAAAGGAGCAAAUAAAGACAACGUAUUUGCACACCUCGAAGAUGUUAAGAGUCACAGGAGAACGUCCCCUGGCUGGUCGGAGAUGGAGUCGUUUCAACGAAGUCUUUUCUGUUCCACAUAACUGUCUUGUAGAUAAGAUCUAUGGGAACUUCAAUAACAACUCCCUCACCAUCACCAUGCCUAAGGAGAUUACAAAGAUGUCUAAUCUCCCAGAAACUUCUAAAAAUAUGGCUGAGAAGUUUGAGAAGCUAGAGGAGAAAAGGUUGUUGGAAGAAUCUAUAAGGAAAGCAAAGGAAAAAGAGGUUGAGAAGAAGAAGAAGCUUCUGGAAGAGAGAGAGGCAAUACUUAGGAAGCUGCAAGAAGAAGCUAAAACAAAAGAGAUGGCUGAGAGAAGGAAGCUUCAAGAAGAAGCAAAAGCAAAAGAGAGAGCCGAGGCAAAAAGGCUUCAAGAAGAAGCUAUAGCAAAAGAGAAGGCUGAAGCAAGGAAGCUUCAAGAAAAAGCAAAAGCAAAAGAGUUAUUUCCAUUAACGGCAACAAGACACCAACCGAGAGGAACAGGCUUGGGGGUUCAGUAUGAGGAUUUUGUCCCCAAUUCUGGUUGGAAAGAUCAACCUGAAGCCACUCUUCUCACCAUUAAUCUUCCAGGUUUUACAAAGGAGCAAAUAAAGACAACGUAUGUGCAUACCUCGAAGAUGUUAAGAGUCACCGGAGAACGUCCCCUGGCUGGUCGGAGAUGGAGUCGUUUCAACGAAGUCUUUUCUGUUCCACAUAACUGUCUUGUAGAUAAGAUCCAUGGGAACUUCAAUAACAACUCCCUCACCAUCACCAUGCCUAAGGAGACGAUUACAAAGAUGUCUAAUCUCCCAGAAGCUUCUAAAAAUAUGGCUGAGAAGGUCGAGAAGCUAGAGGAGAAGAGGUUGUUGGAAGAAUCUAAAAGGAAAAAAGAGGAAGAAGAGGCUGAGAAGAAGAAGAAGCUUCUGGAAGAGAAAGAGAGCAUACUUAAGAAGCUGCAAGAAGAAGCUAAAGCAAAAGAGGUUGAGGCAAGGAAGCUUCAAGAAGAAGCAAAAGAGAUGGUUGAAUCAAUGAGGCUUCAAGAAGCAGCUAUAGCAAAAGAGAGGGCCGAGGCAAAGAAGCUUCAAGAAGAAGCAAAUAUAAAAGAGAUGGCUGAGGCGAGGAAGCUUCAAGAAGCAGCUAUCGCAAAAGAGUUGGCUGAGGCAAGGAAACUUCUAGAAGAAGCUAUAGCAGAAGAGAAAGCUGAGGUAAGGAAGCUUCAAGAAGCAGCUAUAGCAAAAGAAAUGGCUGAGGCAAGGAGGCUUCUAGAAAAAGCUAUAGAAGAAGAGAAAGCUGAGGCAAAGAGGCUGCAAGAAAUAGCUAAAGAAAAUGAGAUUGCUGAGGCAAAGAAACUACAAGAGGCAAAAGCAAAAGAAAUGGCUGAAGAAAGAAAGCUCCAAGAAGAAACUAUAGCAAAAGAGAGGGCCGAUGCAAGGAAGCUUCAAGAAGUAGCUAAAGCAAAAGAGAUGGCUGAGGCGAGGAAGCUUCAAGGAGCAAUUAUAGCAAAACAGAGAGCUGAAGCAAGAAGGCUUCAAGAAGAAGCUAACGCAAAAGAGAUGGCCGAGGCAAAAAGGCUUCAAGAAGAAGCAAAAGCAAAAGAAAUGGCUAAGGCGAAGAAGCUUCAAGAGAGAGCUGAGGCAAAGAGGCUUCAAGAAGAAACUAGAGCAAAAGAGAUGGUCGAGGCAAGAAAACUUGAACAAGCAACUAAAAAAAAAGAGAUGGCUGAGGCGAGGAGACUUCAAGAAGAAGCUAUAGAAAAAGAGAAAGCUGAGGCGAGGAAACUCCAAGAAGAAGCUAUAACAAAAGAGAAGCUUGUAGAAGAAGCUGCACUAGAGAAUAAGAUCCAGAAGAACAAGUCUGUGGUUGAAUCUGUAAGAAAAGAGAAGAUACUAAUGCAGGCAGAAGACAGGAAGCCUUCAGAACUGGAGAAAGCUUUGAAAACUGGACUAUACAAAAUCCGAUCAUGGUGGGACCAAACAUGUAUCUGGGGGAGCAAGCGAGGACGUGAAAAUCAGCAGAAGAAAAACUAGGUUACUUGGUGAAGAAGAAAAGAGAAGACAUGAAAAGAGAUAAUGGAAAAGAAGUUGAUGGUUAAUAUAGGAGUGGUUGUUCUUGGAGCUUACGUUUCUUAUUUUUUUUUUAUGUUUAUCUUCGGGUUGUUCUUAUAUUUUAGAACUGUGAUAUAUUCUGAAUUUUAAUAAAGUUUGGUGAUGUCAUAUUUACAUUGGCACAAAAAUAUGCUAGAGA